CUCGUUUGUGAGUGAAGGUGCAGCGGUUGCUAAUCUGAAAGGGAAAGGUUCACAGAGAGAGAACGAGGGGAAGGCUAGAAACAACAAGAGUCUUUUAGUGUUGCAUGGCAGAACUCCCUGAUGACUUCCAUGCUCGAUCCAUCCCAGACGUGAGCAAGCUGCUCGAAACCGAUGCAGAGGUAGGGCUCGGAUCUGCGAAAGCAGCAGAGCUGUUGGUAAAAUACGGUCGAAACGAGCUCCAGGGCCAGAGAGGAAUAAACCCAUGGCGAAUUUUGCUUCAGCAGGUCACCAAUGGCUUGACCCUCAUCCUCACAAUCGCCACAGUGGUGUCGAUUGUGGUCGAGGACUAUGCGGAGGCCGGAGUGCUGAUCAUAGUGAUAUUGUUCAAUACUAUCGUCGGCUUUGUGCAAGAUUUUCGCGCCGAGAGGACGAUGGACGCUUUGAGAAAGAUGGCCUCACCCUCAGCUAAGGUUUUACGGGACGGCGUCCAGACUCGAAUUUCGAGUGGCGAUGUCGUCCCUGGUGAUGUGAUCAUCUUCGAGGUCGGCGAUAUCAUUCCUGCCGACUGCCGCCUCUGCGAUGUGCUGAAUAUGGAGAUUGAUGAGGCCAUGCUCACAGGCGAGAGCAUGCCCGCCAUGAAAAGCGUGGAGUCGCUGCAGGCCAAGGACACCACCAUCGGCGACCGCUUCAACAUGGCGUACUCGAGCACCACGGUGUCCAAGGGGCGAGGCAAGGGGAUCGCAGUCGCCACGGGAAUGGCGACGGAGAUUGGCAAGAUUUCCACCGCCAUCGACGAGACUCCCAGCUCGACCACCCCGCUGCAGAGGCGACUGAACAAGAUGGCGUACGUUCUGUUCGUCAUCUCGAUUUUCCUCGCCGUGAUCGUGUUCGCCGUCAACAAGUUCAACUUCAACACUGAGAUCAUCAUCUACGCCAUAGCCCUCUCCAUCGCCGUCAUUCCGGAAGGUCUGAUCGCUGUGAUCACCGUCGUCAUGGCACUCGGCGUCAAGCGCAUGGCGAGACAAAAUGCUAUCGUCAGGAAGCUGGUCGUGUUAGAAUCCAUGCAACCUGUGACCAACAUCUGCUCCGAUAAGACUGGCACAUUGACUCAGGGGAAAAUGGCGUUGACCAAUGUCUGGAUCCCAAGCAAGGAAGAGACGUAUCGCAUUUCCGGACAGGGAUAUGAGACAACUGGAUCGAUAUCGUACGGGGAUGAAGUUCUCGAUGCGAAGAGGAUUCUAGCGGACGAGAACUUUCACAGGCUGGUGGAAUGCAGUGCUCUGUGCAACACCGCGAAUAUCAUCGAGUCAUCCAAGGGCAAAGUGUGGGGAGAUCCCACCGAGAUCGCUCUGCAGGUGUUCGCCUACAAACUGCAGAUGGGAAAGCCGGCGUUUCUGGGUCUGAAGGAGGCGGUGUUAGAAUUCCCCUUCAGCUCGGCGAGCAAAAGAAUGAGCAUGGUUUGUUCGAACCUCGGCACGUCAGACGAUUUCGAUAUCUACACCAAGGGAGCGGAGAAUGUGCUCGAGAUUUGUGACAAGGUCAUGGACGGAGAGAUGGUGAAGCAAAUCGGUGAUAGGUCGGAGUUUCUGGAGAAAGUUCACGCUCAGAUUGAGCUCAUGGCGACGCAGGGUCUGCGAGUGCUGGUCACGGCGCACCGACGGACGAGCGAGCAGAGCAUGGGGAAGCCCAUGGAGAAAUGGGAGCGCGGCGAUGUCGAGAAGAGUCUGACCUUUCUCGGCCUUGUCGGCAUUCGUGACACUCCGAGAGUUGAGUCGAAGAUUUCCGUCCAGCAGUGUCAUGAUGCUGGAAUCAAAGUCCACAUGCUCACGGGAGACCACAAGAGUACCGCUCUCGCCAUAGCCACAGAAAUUGGGAUCAUCGGCAACCAAUUGCCCCCUUCUGAUGUCAACACCGACGGGGUGGAAACGAUUGUUCCCAUGUACAGGGAGGUGAUGACGGCUGGAGAAUUCGACGCUCUGUCCAACGACGAGGUCGAUGCCCUGGAGGAAUUGCCUCUGGUCAUCGCUCGGUGCACCCCGGCCACGAAGGUCAGAAUGAUCGAAGCGCUGCAUAGGAGGAAGAAGUACGCUGCCAUGACGGGAGAUGGAGUGAAUGAUGCACCGAGCUUGAAGAAGGCCGACGUCGGCAUUGCCAUGGGAGCCGGAAGCGAUGUUGCGAAGCAGAGCAGCGAGAUCGUUCUGACGGACAAUAACUUCGCCACCAUCGUCCUAGCGAUGAAAGAAGGGCGCCGAAUCUUCUCCAACAUCAAAAAGUUCGUCGUUCAUCUCAUGAGCACGAAUGUCGGCCAGGUGAUCGUCCUCAUUGUGGGCCUGGCAUUUCAAGAUUCUGAAGGAGUGUCAGUCUUCCCUCUCUCCCCCGUGCAGAUUCUCUUCAUGAACAUGGUCACUGGAACGCCGCCGGCCAUGAGCUUGGGGAUCGAGCCUGCGUCAUCCAGCAUCAUGCACGUGCCGCCACAGCUCGGAGGUCUCUUCACCAAAGAAUUGAUGAUGGAUAUGUUCGCAUACGGAAGUUUCAUGGGAGGACUGGUGUUGAUCGACUGGACUCUGGUGAUCUAUGCCUUCGGUCAUGGCCGAUUGGCGUUCGACUGCAACGACGAUAGCAAUCUGAAUGCUUGCGAUACUGUCUUCCGAGCGCGCUCGACUCUGCUCAUGAGCUUCACGUGGAUGUUUCUUCUUCACGCUUACAAUUGCAGGCACUUGCGAGCGAGUCUGUUCACCAAAGAAGGAGGCGGUGGAUCGUUCAAGAGGUUGGUGGACAACAAGCUCAUGGUGUGGAGUGUAGUCGUGGGUGCGCUGCUGCCCAUCCCCUUCGUCUACAUCCCGACCGUGAACACCAAUAUCUUCAAGCAGGCUUCCAUCACUUGGGAAUGGGGAAUUAUUGUCGCAAGCGUGCUCGUGUUCUUCGUCUUAUCGGAAACUUACAAGCUUUUGAAGAGGAAGUUGAUGAAAACACCGUAUGUUCUUUAAUUAGCCAACUCGUGCAUGCUCAUCUUGAAGAACUCAAACGUGCAUCGCCUAGGCUAAGCACCAGAUUGAGUUUGAAGAGAAGGUGAAUACGUGAACUAGAAGUGGCUCCUAGUUGUGUUCUCAUCAGUUUCUGCUAAAGUUUAAGAUUUGCUGCUUACUCUCGGCAAGCUAUUUGGAAAUAAUCUGCUGGUUAGCUGUUCGCUUAAGUAUUUCAAGAUAGUAUUGUAAGAAAGUACAGUACGAUUAGAUUUACCGACAACGAGUAAAAUAUGAAGCGUUUAGGACCGUCAAUAUAUUGAGGGAGAAGUGGUAGUUCGGCACGUCGGUAUAUAGACUGCUCACGAUGCUGAGUGAACAAAUUCGAGUGUUUAUAUAAAUAUUCGUGCGUGUAAAUAAACUGCAGUAUACCAGCUAACAUUAAAGUAGCUGAUACUAGUAUAUAUGUGAAGUAUAACCCGGGUCUUCGACUUGAAAUCGAUCGAGAUGAGAAAUUUAUGUUGCAUUUUACCUAUAUCUAUAAGAAAGGUACAAUAGGAUAAUGUUUUACACCUG